AAAAAAAAAUACCAACAGAGAGGCAUCAGCAAGAAGAAAACUUGUUUUGUAUCUGCGGUUUACCUAGGACCGUGCGAUAACGAUUACAAGUACAUAAAUAAUAAGAACGCUGCAAGCAGUGCCAAGGCCGCAUCUAAUAUAUCAUCAGUAUUCAGCGCCAUUCAGCACCAUUCAGCGCCAGGCACUAGAUAAAGGCAGAAUCAAACUUAAAGAUGAUACCUGGCUAUGGACCCGUCACGCAAGCCCUGCUGGGUACCUUGCUCACCUGGGGUCUGACAGCAGCAGGUGCAGCAUUGGUCAUCUUUGUGCGAGGCAAUCAGCGACGUUCUCUAGACGCGGCAUUGGGCUUUGCGGCAGGCGUCAUGAUUGCCGCCUCGUUCUGGUCACUGCUCAACCCAGCCAUUGAAAUGGCCGAGACCUCGAAUCUGUACGGCUCCUACUCAUUUAUGCCCGUGGCUGGUGGCUUUCUGCUUGGCUCGAUCUUUGUGUAUGGCUGCGACAAGCUGAUGUCAUAUCUGGGCUUGAACAGCACCAACAUGAUGAUUCAGAUGACGCAGAACAGCAAGGAUAAGGCAGACAUUGCCAUCGAUGAGAUGAAAAUGAAUGGCUCAGCCACGGAUAGGCAUGCCUCCAAGAGUCUCGACAGCUUCUCGGACUGCCUGAGCGUGCAGCACAGCGGCGAGUCGCGCAGAAGGAAGAAGGGCGGCAGCAUUGGCGAGGUGGAGCAAUGUACAUACACAGCGGAGGCGACGCUGGAACAGCAGCGGGCACAAGAGGCGUUGUCACAGUGGAAAAGGAUCAUGUUGCUUGUGGUGGCCAUUACCGUGCACAACAUACCCGAAGGCCUCGCAGUGGGCGUGAGCUUCGGCGCCGUGGGCACUACGAAUAGCUCAACAUUCGAGAGUGCUCGCAAUCUAGCCAUUGGCAUUGGCAUACAGAAUUUCCCCGAAGGAUUGGCGGUCAGCUUGCCUCUGCAUGCCGCCGGCUUCAGUGUGAUGCGUGCCCUGUGGUAUGGUCAAUUGUCUGGCAUGGUGGAGCCCAUCUUUGGAGUCUUGGGAGCGGUGGCUGUCACCUUCGCUAACCUAAUAUUGCCCUAUGCCUUGUCAUUUGCUGCUGGCGCCAUGAUCUACAUCGUGGCCGAUGAUAUUCUGCCGGAGGCGCAUGCCAGUGGCAACGGCACAAUUGCGACAUGGGGCACAGUGUCUGGAUUCCUGAUUAUGAUGUGCUUGGAGGUGGCGCUAUCGUGAUAAAGCGAUGUCCACAAC